UGUACCUUCUCAUUUUGAAAACAAUCCUUCCAGAUUCAGUUUGCUCCGUACUGAAGUGUUCAGUACACGGAAAUUUUCCAGAUAUCCUCAGUGCCUUAGUUCAACGCGUUUUUUUUAUAUGUUAAUAUGGAAAGUAUGGCGUUAAACCAAAGGACUUGGCUUCUGUUGUUGUGGUUUCCACUAGCGUUGUUGCAGUCGACAUCCCCCUACUGCAGCUUCACCCCACUCCACUCCUUGUGCCCUCACGAGAACGUCGGCAAAUCCUGCGGGAACCAGGUGCAGUACAGGGGCGUGACGCCCAAGGACGCGGCGACCAUCGUCGACUUCCACAAUACGUUCAGGUCGCAAGUGGCGAUGGGUAGGGAGACCAGGGGGGCGACGGGACCCCAGCCCCAUGCCUCCAAUAUGAUGAUGAUGGAAUGGGACGAUGAACUGGCCAUCAUAGCCCAGCGAGAUGCGGACCAAUGUAUUUUCGGCAAGGAAUGCGUAGACUGCCGUCGUGUGUCAAGAUUCGGUGUUGGCCAAAAUCUGCUCGUGAUCUAUCAGAACAAGUUUAAUGCCCAAAUUACUUGGUCACGCGUAGUGAAGACCUGGUACCACGAGGUGACGCAUUUCGAACCUAAUCACGUCAACUUGUUCCAGUUUUCAAUGAAUGUGAGCCGGUACACGCAAAUGGUGUGGUGGGACACUCACAAAAUCGGAUGCGGGUUUGGCAUGUUCCUGGAUAACGGGUGGUGGAAGAAGAUCUACACCUGCAAUUAUGGGCCAGGCGGGAACAUCCUUUCAAGCGAGAUGUACCAGCCAGGAGAUCCUUGCUCUGCUUGUCCAAAAGACACUGCCUGUUCGGCCAGGUACCCUGGACUCUGUGAGCCCAUAUCGGAGUCCUCAUCAGCUCCACCAAGGCUGAAUCUAGUCAGUCAGUUUGACCAAGGCGGAGAUACCACGGCACAUUUAAGACAGAGAAGAGAAUCUGACUUUGAGAUGUUUGAAGGAGAGGCUUCGCACUUCCCAGAUCAGCCUCUUGACGAUGAAAGAACGCUGCUGAAGGAUCUGAUUCCAUUCUUGAAGAAAAUCGGCAAAACUGCCCAGGUCAUCCGAGCUUCCUCCGCAAAGACCAUCCAGAAAAUAAGGGACGAGGUGCUCCCGCCAGGUUAUCGGCCCAUCAUUCUGUACAGGACUAGAUCUGGCAAACUUAUGGAGCUCGAUGCCGAUACGUUACUUCCACAGAAUAAGACUCAGGAGGCGCCACCGAGAGAAGAACCGCGAAAACUCUUGCUGUGCGAUUUGGACGUCUCUCCAUGUGAAUUCAUACGGGUCGGUGGCAACUGGUCCGUAGCUCAUGGGCCUAGCGAGGGAAGCUACACAGAAACCAGCCUUCGAGUUGGAGAGAGGGCCCUCCUGAUGGUUCAGACCCCCGUGCCUGCCCCCACGACGGAUAGCCUCUGCAUCAGCGUAUCCCAUCGUCGUCAGCUGAUAGAGGCGAAUUAUAUCAACAGCACGCUUCCAGAACUCUCGAUUGGUGUCCUGCCCACGGGCGGCCAAGUUAUCAGCAAGACCUUGGGCGGUACCGCGGGACUAUGGGAGAUGGGAGUGGUCACCAUCAAUAAUCUGAAGGUCUCUUCCCUCGUGAUUGUGAACGUUGGCCCUGUUUCGAAUUUGGCAACUGUAGCUAUCGAUGCAAUACUGGUCACUGAUGGACGGUGCUGCAUAUCUGGGUUAUGUUAAAGCUAAGUCUUUGUACUGUAAGUAAGGAAUUGAUUUUGUGUUCAGUGUCGUGAAUGAAAAGAAUUAACAUUGUUGAUCGUCAUUUGUCAAGAAUCUUAACAUAUAACCAUCACGACUGAUGUAAAGAAUGCUUUCAUUAAUGUAAAAAAAAAUUAUGGACGCUUGUUCCCUUUGCAAUAGAACCCAUUAUUAUAUGCUUAUAAUGAAAACUAUUGUCAUUGCAUUUUUUCUGUGCCUCAUCCACGAUUUAGCGUCUUUUAAGCCAUGAUUAUGGUGAUGGAGUUGUAGUGGUUAUAAUGACAGCUAUAUGAAAUCGAAGUGCGCGUAGCAGGGUUUCAAUGCAGGGAAAAAAAUCUUACCAAAUACCGCAAAGGUGUAUGGGAUGCACAAUGGCUUAAAACACUUGUGGGUCACUAUCACUAUCCAUGAAAGAUGACACUGUCCACGCUACUGUGCAGGUGAUUUGGCAGUGCAGCCGGGCAGUAACUGGUGGUUUGGCUCAUCCACGCGAAGGCUGUCAUGCCCUCGGCCUAGAGCCCUAGAACUUGUCUUCCCAAAAGACACACCAGCCCACAUUAAAAGCCAGCCAUUUCCCCCCAAAUGUAGUAGAGUAUUUUGAAGUAAAACUUAAACUGCUUAGCAGGAUGAAAUGGAGGGAAUGGUCUAGACUUGCCAAAAGGGUGACUCCACUACAACAUUUCCGAUGAAUGUCUUGAAUUAUGAGACAACAAGAAUUAUAGGAUUUUAUGUAGGAUAAAAAAUAAUCCUAAGAUUAACGAAUGCCCGGUAAAAUAUGAUAAUAAGUAAGCGUAGUGACGAGGUAAAGUAGCAUUUGAUAAUAUUUUUCAUAAAAUUCAUACUGGUAGAAACAGUUCCUUGUGUCGGCCUUGGUCCGCCACAACACAAUUCAACCUAUUAUUUGUUACACUUACACCUGCAGCUUGAAUUGCAUGAAAAGGUGUAAAUACAAGUUCAGUGUCUUAAUGCCGUAUUUCCAGUAACUAUAAGAAUAAUAUUCAACCGAAAACUCCAUGGUUGCUUGCUAUACAGCAACACAAACUAAACAACAUAUCAGAAUGUGAGAAAUCUCUUGUCCGUUAGAUUUUCCAACAUUUCUUCCACUAUGAACUAUUCCAUGAGAGUGCACAACCUUAGCAUGCCUCCAAGUUGGAUCGAAGGGGAUUGGUUAUCACUCGGCUAAUGCCACUUUCUCACAAUAAAAGUUAACCAUUGUAAACUGCCUCAACAGACUAGUACUACAAACGUAGAGUAAUACUGAGCAUAGAAAAGUUAGAAUAAAUAAAUAAUUGAGGAAUUGAGUAAAACUACUCGGCUAAGUCUUUAAACGUAGUUUAUUUGGGCAUAAAAAUAAAUAAUACUGUCAACAGGUCCACAAUAAACAUACAAGAUCAAAUACAACCAUUCAACGACGCAUCCAAUGGUUCUAUUGUUUUCGGUGCAUUCGACUCGACAGCGAUUUCUGGCAACUCUGCAACAAAUUUUGCACGAAGUAACCAACACUCUUCUUGAUGAAACGUGAUGUUAACCGCCUUUGAGGCCUCCUAAUGAAGAAAAAAUUACCUCAGAAAGGAGCCAGUUGGCGUGAUGCAAGGAUAACAAAGAAUCAUUGUCAUAGGCUUCUUCGUCGGUGACUUCUGAAUCCCCCCUGCUCUCAUACAUACUGCGGUUUGAACAUAUAUUUCUGAUCAUAAACUUAAGAAAUCACAAGCGGCCAUGUAUUUAACGAAGCUUUCAUUCAUCCGCGAUAUUACAGUGCUGUCGUAGACACUUGCAAUUUGCUUUUGAUCGUCUAGAAAAGUGAUAUUUCGAAUCUGUUCGAAAUUUUUGGUUUAAGACCGGUGGCUACCGAGUGAUCAGGUCCUAGCAGAUGUCUGAAAUUCUAUGUACCUACUACGGGAUUAAGGAUAUGUUUAGAAUGGUUUUCGGGUAUUGGACAUUUCGUAAAGUGGUUUGUCGUCUUGGAUAAAAAUUUGUCUUUUUCAAGCAUCAUAUUUCUUUUUAAAAAAAUAA